CAUCUGGCGCCAUGUUAAUUACGGGAAUGAGCAGCCAUUUUCCGCUUUUCAUCCUUUUGGUACCUGUCAUUGACCGGGCCACCGGGCUGGUUGUUUUGUGGGAGAAAAGAGAAGUCUCUGUGGUUGGGAGUGUUGCUGGGGCGAUUUCCGACCGGGGUGAAGGGUGCGCAGGCGCGAUCGGCCUGCCCGGCAGUGGCCGGGUCUUAGGACCCCGCGCGUCUCCUUUGUUCCCCGCGGGCGCGCGGGCCCUACGGAGGGGGCGGGGGAGGGAGGGGCCGCGAGCGUGCUCCCCGGGGGCGGGGCUCCCCGCGCGCCUCCGCCGCCGCCGCAGAGGGGCAGGGCCCCCUCGCCCCCGCCCCUCCCCACGCGCCGGUCCCGCCGCCCCGGCGCGCGCACACUCGCGAGCCCCGGCGACAUGCAAAUGAGCCCGGCUCCAGAGCUCAGGCCCAAGCCCCCUACUGCUCAAUGGACACCCCCAGCCCAGACCAGUUGCCUUCGCCUUUGCCCCAGGAGGAAGAAAACCCUCUGGCCUUGCCUCCUCCUGUUCGCCGGGGCCGCCCUCCCGGUACUGCUGCCUCCUCGCACUGGACGCUCAAGGCCUCCUUCUCCCGUAAGCGGGGCCGGCCUCCCAAACCAGGGCAGGAGCCCCCGCUGGUGCAGGGGCCCAUGGCCCCGGUGGACAGCGGCGGGGGUAGCGACCUGCUAUUAAUCGAUGAUCAGGGUGUGCCCUAUACAGUCUCAGAAGGGUCAGUGGCAGGUGGGACCGAGGGCUCAGGCCCCAAGAAGGCGCGGCACUUCUGCCCAGUGUGCCUGCGGGCCUUCCCCUACCUCUCUGACCUGGAGCGCCACAGCAUCUCGCACUCGGAGCUGAAACCGCAUGAGUGCAAGGACUGUGGCAAGACCUUCAAGCGGUCCAGCCACCUGCGUCGGCACUGCAACAUCCAUGCCGGCCUGCGGCCCUUCCACUGUCUGCUCUGCCCGCGCCGCUUCCGCGAGGCCGGGGAGUUGGCGCACCACCAUCGUGUGCAUUCAGGGGAGCGGCCCUACCAGUGCCCCAUCUGCCGCCUGCGCUUCACCGAGGCCAACACGCUCCGGCGCCAUGCCAAACGCAAGCACCCAGAGGCCAUGGAGGCACCCGUGUGUCCCCCGGAUCCAGGACCUGAGCUGCCAUGGGACGACGAGGGCAUCCCGGCCACUGCAGGAGUUGAGGAGGAGGAGGAGGAGGAGGAGGAGGAGGAGCCUGAGCCUGAGGAGCCUGAGAGGAAAGAGGUGGCCUGACCCACAAGCCAGGCCACCUCGCCCCCUGCCAGGCUUUGCGCUGGCUGGGCUGCUGCUGGGCCGGGGUAGGGGGACCGGGACUACCUCCUGUCUCAUGGUCUUUCGUUUGUGGGAGGGGGGUAAGGGUGAGGGUCUCAGUAUUGGGGUCCCAUCACUUUUUAUCACCCUGCCUAGGACUGACAGGCCCUCGGAGCCAGGGGCCAUGGAAAUAAACCUCUGCCCACUGGCAUCCGUGUGUUUGCAGUGACA